GUUUACCAGGCAAAACAUGGUAAGAUGCUAGCCACGGAGAGGUGUCUGUAAAGCCCUGUGCUGGGAGUGGGAUGGUUCAGGAAAGUCUUCCUGGGACGAGAGGGCUAUGAGAUGCAUCUGGAAGGAAAUCUUGCUUCGCCUAGAAUAAACGCUGCUGAUCUCCAGCAAGGCAUCUCCAUAAAUCUUUUCCUGUUUUCAUCCUGAAAGACCCGAUUUGGAAGAGUCAGGAGCAGCGGCAGCCGGCGAUCGGGCGGUGAAGAGCCUCGGGCGCGGCCUCGCCUCCCCGGCCCGGCGCCCGCAUCAGCACCGCGGAUAGCACAGCGGCGGUCGCCAGUACCUAGGCGCCCUCCGGCCCACCAACUAGCCGGGCCCGCGGCGUCCGCAUCAGCACCGCGGACAGUGCCCCGGGCCCCGUCUCGUCGCGGUUAGCCCACCCGCUCCCCGAGUCAGCACCGCGGACAGCCCCCCUUCUCCGGCCUCGCAGCAGGCUCGGAGCGGUCGGCGCCCCUGGAACAUGGCCACUGAGGGUGUGCUUAUAGGUGUGUCACCUUCAAGGGACUUGAAAGUUGAACCCACGGACCUGUUGGCUGAGGGCAGAAUCUUGGUGCAGUGGUUAAGAGCUGGGAUGCAAGCCAGGGGGAACAGCACAGGCUUUUGAAUGACUCUCUGCAUUGCAUCGGGGCGUCCUGGUGAGCAGGGUGACAUCAACACCAAGUGUCACCAUAGCAAUUCUGCUGUUGUGGUCACCACAGAACAAGAUAAUGCAACUGGAAUGCAAGACGUAUUCAAGAGACUAUGGCUCAAAAGACGCAGGGCAAGGACUAGAGACCGAGUCUUCUGCCUCCCUGGUCCAUAAUCUGCAGGAGCUGCGGCGAAGUGCCUCAUUGGCCACCAAGGUCUUUAUCCAGAGAGACUACAGUGAUGGGACCAUCUGUCAGUUCCAGACCAAAUUCCCCCCGGAGCUGGACAGCCGGAUUGAGCGGCAGCUCUUUGAGGAGACCGUGAAGACCCUCAACAGCUUCUACGCGGAGGCGGAGAAGAUCGGGGGCAGCUCCUACCUUGAGGGCUGCCUGGCCUGUGCCACGGCCUACUUCAUCUUCCUCUGCAUGGAGACCCACUACGAGAAGGUUCUCAAGAAGAUCUCCCGCUACAUCCAGGAGCAGAACGAGAAGAUCUUUGCCCCUCGAGGCCUCCUGCUCACUGACCCCGUGGAGCGCGGGAUGCGGGUCAUCAGAGAAAUGAAGUCUUGGUGGGCGGCCGGCCCAGGAAUUGGGUUAUAGGCCUGCUCGCUCCACCUGGAAAAGUGUGCUCAAGGUGUACACACAGCCCACUCUCAGAGUAGAAGUGUUAAAAAAAUGUUUUUACUGGAAAAUUGAGAGGAAAACGAGGAAAGAAAACACAAAGACCGGAAUCUUCUGUUUACAAAGCCCUGUGAGAGGGGCCUUUUUUUUAAUUGAGUUUUUACUAAGUGCCAGGCAUUGGGCUUAGAGCUUUACAAGCGUUAUUUCAAUCAGUCCCCCAGCUACCCCAAGAUUCCAUUAUUACCACCAUUUUACACACGCGGCCAUUCAUGGGUAACAAGUUAAAUGACCGGUCUAAAGUCCCAUCUCUCGAGAGAAAGCGAGUCAGGAUUAGAACUCGGGACACCGAGGUCUUCCCACUUCCCACGCCGUACCACCACCUGUCCCGGUGUUUGGUAAUCAGACCCACUAAAGCGGAAGCUUCCGGUUGUGCGCCUGCGCAGUGCUCGGCCCGGCGGGUCGCUGUGUGCGUGUGCACACCGAGCGCCCGCGAGAGCGCGGAGGGGCUGGGGUCUAGCGCCCCGGGCCUCCCGGCCUCGCUGUCUGGGACGCGGCACCGGCUCGGCCGCCCGCUCCCCUGCUGGCCUCCGUCCGCCCCUCCUCGGCAGCUGGCAGGGGCUCCCUCCUUAACGCCGGCCGCAGAUCGAGAUCUCCAUCUACGAGGACCGGUGCAGCAGCGGCAGCUCCAGCAGCGGCAGCAGCUCCGGCAGCGGCAGCAGCGGCGGGGGCGGCGGGGCGGGGGCCCGGUGACUGGCCGAGAGUCCCU